GAAGACCGACACUAUCGUCUGAAGUUGGAAUAAUAAUAUGUGAUACUACUAAUCCAGCCUCCCUUGAUGAAAUGGCUAAACAGGCGACAGUUGUCCUCAACUGCGUGGGACCAUAUCGACAUUAUGGAGAACCUGUAGUAAAAGCAUGUAUUGAAAAUGGAACCAGCUGUAUCGACAUCUGUGGAGAACCCCAGUUUCUAGAGCUAAUGUAUUGGAAGUAUCAUGAGCAAGCUGCAGAAAAAGGGGUUUAUAUCAUUGGAAGCAGUGGCUUUGACUCCAUUCCAGCAGAUCUGGGAGUAAUCUACACCAGAAAUAAAAUGAAUGGUACUUUAACUGCUGUGGAAAGUUUCCUGACUGUAAAUUCAGGACCUGAGGGGUUGUGUAUUCACGAUGGGACCUGGAAGUCAGCAGUUUACGGUUUUGGAGAUCAGAGAAAUUUGAGAAAACUACGAAAUGAGUCACAUCCAAAACCUAUCCCAUUCGUUGGUCCAAAAUUAAAAAGAAGGUGGCCAGUUUCUUACUGUAGAGAACUCAAAAGUUAUUCUAUCCCUUUCUUGGGAGCUGACGUGUCUGUUGUGAGGCGGACUCAGCGAUACUUGCAUGAAAAUUUAGGGGAAUCACCAGUUCAGUAUACUGCGUACGUGACUGUGGGAGGCAUUACCUCUGUGAUUAAGCUGAUGUUUGCAGGACUUUUCUUUUUAUUCUUCGUGAAGUUUGGCAUUGGAAGGCAGCUUCUCAUUAAAUUCCCGUGGCUCUUCUCCUUUGGUUAUUUUUCAAAACAAGGUCCAACACAGAAACAGAUUGAUGCCUCAUCAUUUACAUUGACAUUCUUCGGCCAAGGAUAUAGCCAUGGCCUUAGUGUUGAUAAGAACAAACCAAAUAUCAGAAUCUGUACACAGGUGAAAGGACCAGAGGCUGGUUAUGUGGCCACCCCCAUAGCCAUGGUUCAGGCAGCCAUGACUCUCCUAAAUGAUGCCUCUGAUCUUCCUAAGGCGGGCGGGGUCUUCACACCUGGAGCAGCUUUCUCCAGAACGAAGCUGAUUGACAGACUCAACCAACGGGGCAUUGAAUUCAGUGUCAUUAGCAGCUCUGAAGUCUAAACAUUUGAAGAAUUAUCUAAAAUUAUACAAAGCAUGAAUUAACAGCUUCUGUAUUUGAUAUUUGAAAUUCUUCUGUAAGCUUAUCUGAUUAUAAGUGAAAGAGAUUGUCAAAUCUACAAUAUCUACACAUUAAACAAAGGAAAUUGUAUAGCUUACCCUAAGUUUCAUAUCUCAAUAGAUUGUGUGACUUUAUUGCUAAUAUUUGACUGACUUUUUCAUUGAAGUUUUCUUUAUAAAUGAGUGGCAGGUCGAUGGUGGCAGAGGUAUCUCUAUUUGUGUUGCUAACAGCAUUCGUCAAAGAGCGUGUCUGGACCAGUGUUCCGGUAGGGCAGUCACUGCUGCCUUCCUUGCCAUGUAGUGAGUGGAAUAUCACCUUCCAGUGAGUUCUCUACAUACUGGGUGAGCCUUUGCUAAAUGAGACUGCACUUUUUGCUAUUUUAGCCUCUUUUUCACCCAUCUACGCUGACUGAUUUUUAGACAGUUACAUAAGUUAAAUAAUAAAGGUUUGUCAAUUGAA